AUGGGUAUAUGUUCUAUUGCCCGCUGUACGAAGCGGACGGGUCGAGAUAAAAUCAAGAGGUUUUCUCUUCCCAAUGUGAACUCGAAAACGAAAAGUGCUGACAUCGAACUGGUCAAGGAGAGGCGACGGCUGUGGAUUGCAGCGAUAGCCAGAGCAGACCUAGUUGGGAAGACAUUGGAUGAUGCUCGUGUUUGCAGCGAUCAUUUCAUUUCCGGCCGCCCUUCUGAACUCUGGGACAAAACAAACCCAGAUUGGGUUCCUUCGAAGAAUUUGCCUGGUCCUGGCAAAAGGAAGGCGAGUGAGGAGCAGGUAGUGGAGCGUUAUGCCCGUCGCAAAGCCAGACAGAGAGUGGAGGAGGCCCAUUCAGAGGCUGCAGCGUCAUUGGAUGUCAAUGAUCCGCCACAUCUGUGUGAUGUUGGCGUUGCCUCGUUACAACCACCACCAUCACCUGAUGCUGGGCCUGCUGCUUUAGAUCUGUCACCGCCACAUGAUGUUGAUGAUGAGAGUGACGUCCUUGUGGAGGAGAGCAUGGAUUUAUCCAAUUUUCCACCUGGCCAGCUGGUUCAAGAGCUAGACUUUUCUGAAGAAGGCAGUAAGGACACCAAUGACAAAUGCGUGGGGACGUUGUUAUCUGGUGAUGAUAUAACAUUUGCCUUUCAAUCUUUAACGGAAGCCACCUUCUCACCUUCUUCCCUCCAUGCUCCAACGGCUAGCUUCAACAACUUGGACGUCCAGGUGCAGCUGGCCAGGCUAUCUACAGAGAACAAGGGCUUGCAAGAUAGGCUGACCAAGCUGACAGCGGAAUACAAGGUGCUUGAAGGCAAAUUGGCCAGUCACGCGCCGUUCACGCAAGCCAAGUUGCAAAAUGAUGGCGAUGUGCGGUUCUUUACGGGUUUGCCAACCUUCGAGAUGUUACUGGCUGUGUACGAGCAUGUGCGUGAGGGAAUGCCAGACUCAUUUGGCUGUGCCUUGUCCCCGUUUCAAGAGAUGGUUGUUGCCCUUGUGAAGUUACGGUUGGACUCAUCAUUACAAGACCUGGGCCAUCGGAUGGGUGUAUCGGCUGGCACCAUUUCCCGCAUUCUUACCAAAUGGUAUACAGCCAUGGACCGUCGACUAUCACAUUUGGUUGUCUGGCCAGGGAGGGAGGAGCUACAAGCGACAACACCAGUUUGUUUCAGGGAGGCGUUUGGCGUGAAAGUGUCAUCAAUCAUCGACUGCUUCGAAGUGUUCAUAGACAGGCCUUCAAACUUGUACACCCGUGCCCAGACAUGGUCGAACUACAAACAACAUAACACAAUUAAAGUGCUGAUUGGGAUCACCCCGCAAGGUGUCAUCUCCUUCAUCUCCGAGCCGUGGGGCGGGCGCGUCAGUGACAAGUAUCUAACCCAGCACUCUCAGUUCUUGUCAAACCUUUUACCUGGAGACAUUGUCCUUGCAGACCGUGGCUUUGACAUCCAGGAGCUAGUUGCCGUGCAGGGAGCCAAGCUCCACAUCCCAGCGUUCACAAGGGGUAAGAAGCAACUGUCGGCCGAUGAUGUGCAUACCACCCGCAGCAUCGCAAACGUGCGCAUCCACGUCGAACGAGUUAUUGGGAAUCUCCGCAAGAAAUAUUCUAUUUUGCGAGGAAUACUGCCGAUUGAUUUCCUGCGUAGUCGCUCUGGAGAUGACCGACCUUUGAUUUGCCGUAUCAUUCCUGUAUGUUGUGCCCUGACCAAUCUCUGUGAUUCGGUUGUGCCUUUCGAGUGA